ACAGCUUCGAUGUCAACGAAUCUGGUCGAUCGAUCGUGGCGGGCAUUUUCGCUGGAUUUGAAAAAUAGUUGGAAUUACCCUUCUUUAAGAAAUUGCUUGUUCAAUCGACCACAGAAAGCUUGAUCAUAGACACCCACUGUGCUUGAUAUGCCUUCUCUGUGGUGAGUUGCAUCGUUCUUUGUUCAAACAUCUGUCCCGCGCUCAAGAGCUUGUCUUCGAACGGGACGUGGAAACAAGAACGUUUACACUCUUCAAACUUCUUUGAAUAACACUUGGCCGUUGAACAGCGGAACAAACGAUUCCGUACAAGUUGUGCGACGAAACAGUUUGAUGUUUCUGUUGGAAGAAAAACAUGGAUGCAGAUACCAGUGGACAUUCUGAUAAUUCAAUAUGCAGUGAUGAUACUGAAUAUCUCUUAGGACAGAAUGUCUCCAUCAGGGAAAUUGAUGAUGACGACGAUAUUCAAACCCAUGAAAGAACAAGAGCUCCUUCAUCCAUUGGUAGAUCAUACCACUCAUCGCCUCAACAUUCACCUCAAAAAUUACAACAAAUAAAUUCAGCUAAUUUAAGAUCUCCACAAAGAAAGGUUGUGAAUGUUAAACCAGGAAAAGGCCCAGGUGGGUCACAAAGAUCACCGGGUCACAGCACCGCAAGGCAAGUGGAGAAGAUGCAUUCAAGUAAAGUUACAGCAAAGGGGGAUGGGAAGUCACAAACACAACAGAAUUAUGCUACUGGAGAUCUUUUGAGAGGACAAAGCCAAAAAGUCCAGAGUAAUUAUGGAACAGACACCGUAAGGUACAAUCAAGAUGUUGAAAGAAUGCCAAAAAGUAAAAAACAAGUUUCAGAGAGCUUCCUGUAUGCUAAGCACCCAGAUGGUCCAAGUAAAUUUCAGUCACCAGAGGGUAAUAAGUCGAUUCAUACAUAUCAAAAAACCAUUGGAAGUCCUAAAAUGAAGCAUGAAUUACCUUAUGAUACAUCUCAGUUGACUCCUCCUACGAGGGACAAGGUGAAUUCUAAAAGGAAACAUGUUGAACCUGGCAGGUCACCAGUGCGGGAAAGUGUCCUGCCGGUUAAUCAAAAUAAUUGGGAGAUUGACUCCGAGAUAUCUGUGGACAUGGUAAAUGGUGGCCAUAAUUCUGUAGAAAUUGAAUCAAAUGACUUGGAAAGUGAAAUGUCUGAGGCAACAGAAGACCUGAUCAGAAGAGAGGUUGAUCAUGAGGAGGAUGAGGAUUUCACUGCAAAACUCAAGGAGCUUAAUCUGGCUGUUAAUUUUGAUGCUGGCACAAAUGAGUAUUUUGAUGACAAAGUAAGAGAAGGAGCAGAACUUUUGUCUAAGCUGUUUGGAGGCCAAAUGGAUAAUUACUACAGCUCCUCUAGAAUGACACGAAAACCGCUGUGGAAGCUUCAAGUUAGCAGUCGAUCCAAGAGUUCUGCCUCAGGGUCAGGAAGUGUUCAGGAAGUUUCUAGAUCUGAUGGCCAGAUUGAAGAAAGAGGAACUCUAAGUCACACUAGUAGUGUAACACAACAGUCCCUCCAAAAGUCUGGGUCACCUCAAGUACGAUUACGGACAGACGAGCAAAACAGUGGAACCCUCACAGAUCGAAGUAGCUCUUUUGAGUCCAGUGUAUCAACAUCAGCAAGACGGCACGGCUCAGCAACUCGCAAAGAAGUACGGUUUAGAGAAGAUGUAACAGGCUCAAGAGAAACACAGCAGAGAGACCGUCACCAGGCAAUAGACGGUGAGUUUAUCAAGGAGACUUCUGCUUUUAGAGCAGCUAUGAACUAUGACGGUGAUGAUGACGAUGAUGAUGAUGCUAGUGACAAUACUGAGGAACAAAGGGAAUAUUAUCACAAUGAACUUGAUGGGAUGUCUUAUUUACAAACUCGAAGUGUAUCACCUGCACAUAAUAUGGAUGAGUUAGGCAGAACAGCUGUGCAUAGCUAUGAACAGAAUGUUAAAACACAGUCUUCAUCAAAGCAGAAAGUGACAGCUCUCCAUCCUGAUGAAAGUUAUUCAUUGCCACACAAAGACAGGAAUGAUCAGCGGUUUCAAGUUGAAAAGUUUUCUGAUAGUGGGAAUUCCAGAAGGUUUGAUUAUCAGGAUAGUGGAGCAGUGUCUGCAGGAUUUAUGACGUCAACUCCUCAAACAAAAUCCCAGGCUGUGUUUUCACCACCCAAGUCUCAUCAGGCAGACAAGUUAGAAGCACAAAGAGAAACUCAUAGAAUGAUGCUCAAGUUGCAGGAGAAUGAAAGGAAACUACAUAGAAGCUUGCAAGAAGUUAAAAACGUGGAGUUUGAACUCGAAGAGGCCGCAUCAAGGAAAAAGAUUGCUUUGCAGGAGAUUCAAGCUCUGGAAGAGACAAUCAAACGCAAUGCAGCUGAAGUGAAAUCAUCUGAAAAUUUGGUGGAGCAAUACAGACAACAAGCAACGAAAACUAGAUCUCAGCUUAUGGACCUUGAGCUGCAAAGAGACAAUAUCCAACAUGAAAUCAAAGAAAUCCGAAACUGCCUCAGCAGACAAAAACAGGAGGCUAAGCAAGUGGUUGAAGUCGAAAAGAAGAACGAGUUGAAAGUCCUAGAGCUGAGCAUAGAGAAAGAUCAACUUCAUAGCGAGGUGGAAUCGUUGCGAUCUCAGCUUAAACAGGCUGAAGGGAACUUUGCUAAUGAAAAACAAAAUCACCUGGAAAAGAUUCGAGCUCUCCAGGAGCAAUUGCAUGAAGAACAACGGGGGUCGAAGGAAAGCGUGGAAAAACUCAAGCAGCAACUUGAAGAUGAACGUCAAAAGGCGCGAGAUUCUCACUACGAGAGAAUCAACGCCAUCCACAAACUGCAAGAUGAAUCCAAAGAAAUGCACGACAAGGAGAUAGAAGUGCUGAAAAACAGAUUCAUAAGGGAGAAAGAAAUGGAGUUGGACUCUUUACGUGAAAAUACUCGAAGAGAUGCAGAAGGAAUCAAUAAAAAGUUACAGGAAAGGGAUCACGCGAUUUCUCAGUUACAGAGCAACUUGAAAGACUACGAGGAAGAGAUAACAAAACUCAAGAGUCAACUGUUCCAAGAACAGCAGAAGUUGUUUGAUUGUGAGAGUGAGUGGAAAGAGAACAUGGCGAAACAACACACGCACGCCAAGUCCUUGAGAAUUGAGGUUGAGUCUUUGAACGAGAAGCAGGCUGCUCUUCACGAGAAGCAAAGACGAACUGAGGAGCUCCUCGAGGAGAAAAUGUUGGAAUUGAGAAGACAAGAGGAGAAAUCUUCCUCCCACACAGACGAGCUCAGUCAAGUGAUAAAGAAUAAAGAUGAUGAGAUUGCCAUGCUAAGAGGUCUGGUUCGACAGCAAGAAGACGCUACGAGAUUAUUAGGAGAGAAAAUGAGAAACGAAGCACAGGAACAUAUUCGAAAUGCACUUGAGAAAGAGCGCGAGACCACUGACCGAGAACGCGUGCGGCACCAGGCUAAACUCGAGGAAAUACGGGAUAAAUACGAGUCAGCAUUGAAACAAGUGCGAGAAGAACUUGAGGCUGAAAGACAAGGACACACUCAUCUCAAUACCUCUGUCAACAAAAUUAAAAAGGAAAUCGAAAGAUUACGAGAAUUGAACUUGCAAGCUGAACAGGAAAAGGUCAAUGCCGUGGCGCAAGUCAGAAAUGAAGCUAAAGAAGAGAUUGUAAAGAUGAAAGACAAGAUACAGGAGUUAAGUGCGUUAGCAGAGGCAUCCGAGAAGGAGACUGCCAUGGAAAUCACGGAGGAGUGUCGAAAAACCGCAGCACUGCUUGGAGAUUCCGCUAACACCACCCCUGUCAGAAAUUUAUCAGGUAGUUAUCUUGGCGAAAGUCCUCGGUCGACAACGAACAGUCCUGCCCGGGAUGCACUGCUAAAUCUUCGCUCCCACAAUGAAGAGCUAAGACACCAUUUAAUUGAAGCCCGCAAGGAGCUUGAACAGAACAACAGAGAACUAUCUCUCAAGAAACAGCAGCAAGGUAGUGGAGAACUCACUCCUCAGCAAGUGAACUUGUUCAAGAAGGCGCUCGCUGCAAAGGACGACGAAGUGGCUAGAAUGAAAAGGCAAUACCAAGAAGAAAGUGAACGAAACGCUUUACAGAUGAAGUCUGAGAGAACAGCCUAUCAGAAGACUAUAGACCGUCUGGAAAAAGAACUCAAGCAGGCAAAGGCUGCUACCCCUGCCGGUAGCCCCAUGGUGAAUGGCACAUCCUCUCCUCCGGAGAGCGGAGUUGGCACCAGUCUCAGCUCGACAACGCCCAGCCCGAGACCUGGUGAAGACACCAGCACUGCCCGACUGUUACGUCACUUGCAGGGAAGGGUCCAACAACUGCGGGCUCAAAAUGACAGUCUGCGGAAGUCGACUGAGAACGACUCACUGAAUGAUAGCCACUGUAGUGUGAUGUCCACUGAAUCGAUGAACGGCGGCGAUGAAGAAAACAGAAGGCUUCAUACUGCACUUAAGUUGACAGAGGAUAAGGCGCAAAGAAACGCUGCCAUGUUGAGUCAAAAAAUGAUGGAAAUGACCAAGUUGCAGAAAAUGCUGACACACGCUACCAAGGUAACAGAACAGCCCUCCUUUCCAUCUGUCACGUGACUCACGCUUUGCCGUUAAAAAGGCUUGGCUACUUUAUAUUAGGUUCACCAACACAUCAUAAAAGUCGUGUUGCACGAUACGUUAGAGGCCAACGUGUUUUACGCCAACAAGAUUUGGACAAGAUUGGUACAGGGUUUGAAUUGACUCCAAACCCUUGCCGUAACUGUGUUUAUGUACAGUAAGCCACGUGCAUAAUGGAGGCGCGGUGGCCUCAUGGUUGGUGCGCUCGUCCCCGGAUCGAGCACUCCGGGUUCGAGCC